UAAGUUUUUGUUUUUGUUUCGAUUAUGUUGUUUUAUUGUGGGGUUUAUGUGGAUAUUUGUGCUUCCAAUUGAAUAUUUUAAUCGUCAUGUCUUUAUAUCAGAGAAUGCAAUUCUUCCAGGGACAGCAAAUACAUAUUUUGGAGAAAGUGAUAGUGAUAGUGAAGUUAUUAAGGCGUAUAGAGAAGAAAUUAAGUUUAUAGACGAACAGGGAGAAGAAGCGAAAAGUGAAUCAUUGCAUGAGAUUUUUGGAAGACUUGGGUUAAGGACAGGUACACAAGAUUACAAGGUGGAAUUCAAAGGGAAAGAGUAUUUAGGUAGAAAUUAUUUUGCGGUUUUUGAUGCACAGAGGGGAGAUGGUACAGAAGCACUUGUUUUGAGCGCAUCAUGGAAAAAUAUGGAUGGAAAAUUGAAUUUGGGAGGAGUAUCUCUUUUGCUUGCAUUGGCGAGAUAUUUUAAAGAAUGGUCGUUGUGGUCAAAAGAUAUUAUUUUUCUUAUUUCUGGGGAGAAAGAAGUAGGACCUCAAGUAUGGGUAGAUGCAUAUCAUAAAAUGGAUUAUAAUGAUGCUAUUUUAUCAUUGCCUUUAAAAAGUGGAGAGAUACAGGCACUUGUUGAUAUUGAUUUUAUUUCAAAUUAUAGAAAUUUUGAUUCUAUAGAACUGUUAUAUGAUGGAAUGAAUGGACAGCUAUCAAAUAUGGAUCUUUUAGUUUCGGUAAAUCGUAUUAUUCAAUUAAAAUCUGAUGUAAAAAUAAAUAUGCAAAAUGUAAUUCAACAAAAGGAAACAUAUUUUCGAAGGCUUUGUACUAUGAUUAAUGGAAUGAUUAAUCAAUGCUUUGGAUUUUUAUCAGGGACGCAGAGUUGUUUUAUACCAUAUAAAAUUGAUUCAAUUACUUUUAAAGUUAAAUCUAAAGAAAGCGGUACAUAUGAUGAUAUAUUGCUAGGAAAAAUUAUUGAGUCAUUAUUUCGUAGUUUGAAUAAUCUGCUUGAACAUUUUCAUCAAUCUUUUUUUUUUUACUUUAUAUUAUCGGUUAAUAGAUUUGUUUCUAUUAGUGCAUACUUUCCUUCUGCGAUACUUAUUGCUAGUAGUUUUACUUUUGAUUCUCUCAGUUUGUGGCUUUCUUUUAUUGCUAGUUUCAAUAAGAGGAGUUUAAGUCUAUAUGAAAAAGAAAAACAUGAUAAUUCUAAAGACGAAAAAAAGAAAGUUUUUAUAGAAAGGGAUCUGCAAUUGCAUUUUAGAAAAGAAAUUGCACUUUCAAUUGCUACAGUUAUUGUUAUUCAUAUUAUUGCUGUUAUUUUUUUGAAAAUAAUAUAUAACUCAUGUUAUUAUAAAGAAUCUAGUAAUUAUAAAAAGUUUUAUUCAAUAUUUGUUCUAUUUCUUCAAAUUCUUCAACAUAUAAUUUCAGUUUUUAUACAAAAGAUCCUUAAAACAAUUAUUAAAAGUCAAAAUAUGUCAUUAAUUAAUAACUGUAAACUUAAUAAGGCUUUUUCUCAAAUAAUUCUUGGUAUAGAAUUAUCUACUUUAGCUAUUGUAAAUUUUUCUUUAUCAUUUUUUAUUGGUAUUGUAACAUUUCCUUUAACUUUUAUCCGGCCUGCAAGAACUAGAACUGAACGAAUGCUUUUUUUAAUUCUUUUGGAACUUGUCAAUCCUCUCAAUUGGGUAUUUUUUUUUUCUUAUUAUAAAAAUAAGGAAGCUAUAGAUUUUAUUUAUUCGUUUGCUUUCGGAUGGAAGAUAUGGUAUCUUUGGACGCCUCUUGUUUUAUGGUUAUUAUGGUGGCCUUUAUGGAUAGUAGCUAAGAUAAUUAUAUCUAUGCCUACCAAUGAUGAUGCUGGCCAUUCUUUUUACAAUACACCUAAAUCUAUUGAUCCUUUGUUAAAAAGUUCAUAAAUGAUCUUUUAAAAAAUGGAGGGUUAAUUCCAUUGUCAAUUGAUUG